AUGGACGAAAAGGCUGGCCUCCCGCCUUACAGCUCCCUCUCCCUACCCCCGCCUGCUGGCGUCUACCCUGCCCAAUCACGAGGCAGACGUUCCAUACGCCGAUCACGCGCUCUCAGGCUCUUUGCUCUAGCGUGUCUUGUCUUUAUUGUUUUUGCACAAUGGCGACAGAUUGGAUCUCAGAAAGUGACUACACUGUCGCUCAAGAAGCUCAAUGAAGAUCUUCAGACUUGCAAGAAGCUCCGUGCCAAGCCUCAGGACCCUCCCGGCCUCGGCCGCGAUAAGAACGCUCGAUAUAUCGAUGGUGGCAAGCCUACAUUGAUCAAGAACGCGACAAUCUGGGUGGGCGAGCCUGUCCACGGCACUAGUGAAGAUGAUGCUCGUGCUGGCAAGGGUUGGGAGUGGGUGGCAGGCGACGUCUUUCUUGAGAAGGGUCUUAUUCAGCGCGUUGAUAAGGAUAUCUUGCUUUCAUCGCUACCUGACGAUACUGUUGUUUACGACGCUCGCGGCCGACGUCUCACAAGCGGCAUCAUUGACAUGCACAGCCAUGUCGGUGUGUACCCUCUACCCUCGCUGGACGGCAACUCGGAUGGCAAUGAAAUGUCGGACAAUAUCACGCCCUGGGCCCGCGCUAUAGAUUCGUUCUAUCCCUUUGACCCUCAGCUUCAAGUCAUCAAGUCUGGCGGAGUCACCACCUCACUCGUCCUGCCCGGCUCUGGCAACAACAUUGGCGGAGAGGCCUAUGUCAUCAAGCAUGCUCUGGGAAAAAAGGACGGCCGCAAGGAGAUUAGUGCCGAGGAUCUGCUGGCUGAUCCGGAUCGCAACUGGCGAUAUAUGAAGAUGGCAUGCGGCGAGAACGCCAAGCGCGUCCACGGCCGUGUUGGGAACAGGCCAUUCAGCCGCAUGGGUGAAAGCUACGAGUUCCGUCACGCCUUUGAGCGAGCGAGCGAGUUGGUGCAGAAGCAGGAUGAUUGGUGCAACAAGGCCGAAACUCUGGGUGUUGAAGCCCUCGACGAGUAUCUCCCACAAGAAAUUGCCUGGGAAGCCCUUGGUGCUGCUCUUCGUGGACAGGUCCACAUCAACACCCACUGUUAUACUGUUCCUGACCUGGAGGCCAUGGUGGACCACACGAACGAGUUCAAGUUUCCUGUUCGAGCUUUUCACCAUGCUCACCAAACCUAUCUAGUACCAGAGAUCCUCAAGCGAACAUGGGGUGGGCGGCCCCCUGCUGCGGCCCUGUUUGCGGACAAUAUGUACUACAAGACCGAGGCCUAUAUCGGUUCUGAGUAUGCUGGCAAGAUCCUCUACGAGAACAACCUCACUUCCGUAUAUGUUAGCGAUAAUCCUGUGCUCAACGCCCAGCAUGUCCUCUUUGAGGCAGCCAAGGCGUAUCACUAUGGUCUCCCCUACCAUGCCGCACUUGCAGGCGUUACGUCUGCUCCAGCUGAUCUCCUUGGUCUGGGGAAGCGCCUCGGAAAGGUCAAGCCUGGCUUUGAUGCCGACAUUGCCGUUUGGGACAGCGACCCUCUGAGCGUGGGUGCGGCUCCCGUGCAGGUUUGGAUCGAUGGCACGGCACAAUUCGAAGACCCCGUCGAGCUUUCGAAGCCAGCAGAGGCAAAGGCGCCGAACGACAUUCCUGCCGAGAUCAUUGAGGAGCCCACAAAGCUCGAGAGUGUGCUCUUUACGGGCAUCACCAAGAUGUUCCUUGACAAGGACAGGUUUUACGAGUCCGAGGGAACCCCCUUUAACGUGGUCAUCUCGAAGGGCAAGAUCUCGUGCAUUGGAAAUUGCGACUCCGAGUUUGAUGCAGCGACUGCAACUGGCGCAAAGACGAUUGCUCUUAACAAUGGUUACUUGACGCGCGCGUUUACUGCGGUGGCCGGUACGCUCGGCCUCAACGCCAUUGAUGCAGAGUCGACGACAGACAACGGGCCCAAUCCGGUGGGCUUCUCCAGGGCUGUCGAUGGACUCAUGCUCGACACGAAGAAGCUGCACGUUGCGGCCCGAUACGGUGUCACCAGGGCAAUCUCGGCGCCGACAUAUUCGGGCGGUGCUACACACUUUGGCACCAGUGUUGGCUUCGUGACAUCGGCGCUGACAAGCCUUGAAGAGGGAGCCGUGUUUGCCUCUGAUCUGGCGGUCCACUAUACACUGGAUGUGAAUGUGAGAUCGGCAACAAGCUAUUCGGCAGCUUUUGGGGCCUUGAGAAGUAAGCUACUAACCGCUGUGACUUCUACGGAUCCUGUCUUGAAUUCAUUUUCUGAGGAGGCAUACCUAAAGAAGGUGGUGAACGGAGAGCGAGUUUUGGCCCUUACAAUUAACGGGGCAGACGGGAUCGCGACGGCUCUCAAGAUCAAGUCGGAGAUUGAGGACGUCCUUCUCGAGACUGGGGUAGCGGGUUCUGUGCAGCGCAUCAAGCUAGCUAUUAUCGGAGGUGCCGAAGCUCACCUCGUAGCCAAGGAACUUGCAGAGGCGGGUGUUGGUGUCAUUCUGUCGCAGCUGCAGUCGUUGGGUGAUACCUGGGACUCUCGCCGAGUCCUGACUGGCGCCCCUCUGACGAACGGCACAACCAUCGAUGCGCUCAUUGAUGCUGGCGUUGAGGCGGCUAUUGGUCUUCGAGAGGAUUGGCAGCUGCGAGAUCUUGGGUUUGCCGCAGGAACGGCGUACAAGAACAGCGGUGGUCGACUCAACGAGAAGGACGCGCUUGACCUCGUGAGCACCAACAUCUACCGGAUCCUUGGAGCUGAAGCCGGGACGACGGAUGAUAUUGGCCACUUUAUGGUCAGCGAGGGCAGUCCGCUUGAGAUCGGGUCUCGAAUCAAGGCGAUUGGAUCAGGCAAGAGUCAAGUUUCGGUGUUUGUGUAA